AUGGAAAAGCUUUUGCAGAUUGGAAAAGAAUUCGGAUUGGAGGGAGAAAAACUGCUCGAGUUUGUGCGGGAGCAACAAAAGUUAGGAGAAGAAAGAAGGAGGGAGGAGGAAGAAAAAGAAGAAAAACGUAGACAAUUGGAAGACGAAAAAGAAGAAAAACGUAGACAAUUGGAAGAGGAAAGAGAAGAAAAAGCGUAGGCAGUUAGAAGAAGAAAAGGAAGAGAGACGUCGAAUACUUGAAGAAGACAGAAGAAAGGAAGAAGAAGAGAAAGACGAAAGGCGUAGAAGAGAGGACGAAGAAAGAGAAGCUAGGCGCAAGAACGCGAUCUGAGAAAAUUAGAGCUGGAAGCGGAACUGUUAAAGCAAAAAGAAGCUAUUGAAGCUGCUAAGAGAGCACGAACUAGAGCUCGCUCGUCUAGGACAAGGCCGUAACGUCGCCGAACGCGGUGAAUUGAGAGAGGAUAGGGCCAAGGCACCCAAGCUUCCCUCAUUUGUUGAUGGCAAGCACGACUUGGAUGCUUACCUACAACGAUUUGAGAGAUUUGCAACUACAGCUAAAUGGGAGAAGACAGGAUGGGCUUCGAAACUUAGUGCUCUUCUGUCUGGACGUGCUCUAGAGGUUUAUUCACGAUUAUCUGAGAGGCAGCCCAAGAUUAUGAUCGAGUAA